UUUAAAUUCCCCACGGGUGCAGAUGCCAGGCAGUCAGGGACAAGGGGAGAAAGCCAGAGCCUCACUCAGCCCACAGUAGGAGCUGCUGCUGGGAUUGCCGGAGCCCCUUUGAACAGCUGUCUUCUCCAGCACAAGAAAGGUAAAACAUCACAAUGAAGCUGGCACUUCUUUGCUUAUGUUUUAUCAGCAUUGCUGCUGCAUGGCCAGUGAGCAAAUCCAAGCAGCAUGCUAUUUCUGCCAGCUCUGAAGAAAAAUACGACCCCAGGAGCCAUCACGCACACAGGUACCACCAGGAUCAUGUGGAUUCUCAGUCUCAGGAGCACCUGCAGCAGACACGGAAUGACCUGGCUUCACUUCAGCAGACUCAUUACUCUUCAGAAGAAAAUGCUGAUGUCCCAGAACAGCCGGACUUUCCUGACAUUCCAAGCAAGAGCCAAGAGGCCGUGGAUGACAAUGAUGAUGACAAUGAUUCCAAUGACACUGAUGAGUCUGAUGAAGUCGUCACAGACUUCCCAACAGAGGCACCCGUGACACCUUUCAACCGUGGGGACAAUGCAGGCCGGGGUGACAGUGUGGCAUAUGGCUUCAGGGCCAAAGCCCACAUGGUGAAGGCGAGCAAGCUCCGCAAAACUGCCAGGAAGCUCAUUGAAGACGAUGCCACCGCGGAGGCUGGGGGCAGCCAGCUAGCCGGCCUCUGGUGGCCCAAGGAGAGCCGCGAACAGGACAGCCGUGAGCUGACCCAACAUCAGAGCGUAGAGAACGACAGCCGGCCAAGGUUUGACAGCCCUGAGGUGGACGGAGGUGACAGCAAGGCCAGUGCUGGGGUGGACAGCAGGGAGAGCCAGGGCAGCGUGCCUGCCGUCGACACCAGCAACCAGACGCUAGAGAGCGCUGAGGAUGCCGAAGAUCGGCACAGCAUUGAAAACAAUGAGGUCACCCGUUAAGGGGAGUCUGUGCAUUGCUGCUUCUUUUUUUUCGGGGGGGGAGAUAAUUUCUGUGCAAGCGCAGGGCUGUGGGGAGGGAGGAGAACCAUAGCGGUGUGUGUUUGUAAAUGUAGAGCGUGUGGCCGUGCUUUGGUCGAGGCACUGCUGUGCCAUUGAGCCGUACCGAGACGGGGCGAGCGCUGCCCGCGGGGAUGCUGCGCGUCCCGCUGCUCCUGUGUAUAUUUUGUAACCGGAUUGAAAUAAAAACCACAAAAACCUC